UAAAUUACUCGUUUUAUGGACAAGUGGUACGAAUGUUGGUUUUAUUUUUUUAAGUACCUUUAGUACCAACAGUAGUAAUGUCAAAAACAGACACGUAUAACAACCAAGAGGAUGAAGUAAGUAAAGCUCGACUAGAAAAACUAGACCAAUUUUUUGUUCAGAAGAUUGUUCUACAACCUUUCAACCAUUUCAAACAACUACCACCUUUGGACGACUUCAUUGCGAAAAUCUGGGCGGCCUCUAACUACUGGUUUCAAGUACCCAAAGACGAUUUGAAAAAAAUUACCAUCUUGGCAAACAAAUUAGUAGCCGCGAUUUAUUUAAUUGACGAUUUGACCGAUAAUGCGCAACUUCGUCGAGGAAUUGUGGCGUCCCAUUUAGUCUAUGGAAACCCUCGAGCGAUUUAUGGGUCCAUUUAUGGUGCCAUUUCCGCAAUGGCAAAAUUUGAUGAGCUCAAGGUCAUUGAUGGUUUUAUCACGUUGGGUUUAAACUUGUUCCAAGGGCAGGCCAUGGAAAUGUACUUCACCAGAAAUGGAAUCUGCCCCUCGGAAAAAGAAUACCAGGAAACGGUAGUCAAAAAAACCACUUCAGCUAUUUCGUUCUCGUUUUUUCUGCAACAAGUUUUUGCUAGGACCCAUAAGACAAGCGAUUUUGAGCCAUUUCUGGUCACACUGGGACUGUUUUUCCAAAUUUGCAACGACUACAUCAGUCUGACGUCCCGCAGCUACGCAGACCUUAAAACUUUCGGAGACGACAUAACAGAGGGGAUAUUUACUUUUCCCGUUAUACAUGGAAUAAGAAAGCGUCCUGAAGAUCAUCGACUUAAGGACAUCCUCAAGCAAAGAACAACUGAUCAAAAUUUGAAACUACAUUUUGUUAAAUUGUUACAAGAAUUUGGAAGUUUCGACUACACACUGCAAACUCUAGCAAAACUGAAACACAACUGUGUCGAAGAAAUGAAGAAAAUCGGACCGAAUCCGGAAAUGGAAAACCUUCUAAAUGAUGCUUUAAAUCACAUAGGAGCUCUCGUAAUGUGACAAGGUUUAUUUUUCUAGAAAACAUGAAUCAAUUAAUUAACAACGUAAACAAA